AUGCUGAAAGAGCUGAGCAAGGCUUUGAAAAAGAAAGUUUCUUCGAUGUUGGCGAAGGAAGUUUCAAGAAGAAAAAUAUGCUAUGUAUUUUACUUUACUUUUAUUCCAAGAUUUGGUUACAUCAACACAACAGUGUUAUGUACACACACGGUAACUUGCACUAACAUUAAAACUCUUGCAGAUGCCAAUGUGCUGGUGUACGAGACAGGGCUGGUGAAGUACAAGUGCCCUUCUUGUGACAAGUCUUAUCUGCACAAAGGGAACCUCAACAAGCACAUCAAGUACGAGUGCGGGGAGCGCAGACCCUUCCACUGCACCGUCUGCAGUUACAGCGCUAAACAGAAGGGCAACCUCAAACGGCACAUGAAGAAACAUAAGAAUUCAGUCAUCUCUUCGUAUGCCAAUGUGCUGGUGGAAGAGACAGGGCUGGAGAAGUACAAGUGCCCUUCUUGUGACAAGUCGUAUCUGCACAAAGGUAACCUCAACAAGCACAUCAAGUACGAGUGUGGUGAGCGCAGACCAUUCCGCUGCACCGUCUGCAGUUACAGCGCUAAACAGAAGGGCAACCUCAAAGAGCACAUGAAGAAACAUAAGAAUUCAGUCAUCUCUUCGUAUGCCAAGGUACUGGUGGACGAGACAGGGCUGGAGAAGUACAAGUGCCCUUCUUGUGACAAGUCGUAUCUGCACAAAGGCAACCUCAACAAGCACAUCAAGUACGAGUGCGGGGAGCGCAGACCCUUCCACUGCACCGUCUGCAGUUACAGCGCUAAACAGAAGGGCAACCUCAAACUGCACAUGAAGAAACAUAAGAAUUCAGUCAUCUCUUCGUCGUCAAUCCUGAUCCAGAGCGAGCACGGCGAUGUCCUGGAGUGUCUCAUGUGCAAGAAGACUUUCAACACGAAGCUAGAGCUGUGCACUCAUCCCUGCAGCGCGAAGAAGAAGAACAACUACUGUUGUCCCUUCUGUCCCUACUCAGCCCGCAUCAAGUACAUGGUCAGCCAUCACAUCAUGAAAAAACACACGGUCUGAACCUGUCAUCGAACGACCCGACAGUGUUAGUUAGAGAACGCGAGUGUUAUUAUUGUUAUGACAGUAGUUUUAGUACAACCUUGCAUGCCCUAAUAUUUAGUGAUAUUUUUAAGUUUUCUAGAAAACUCACGAUGUCUGCCUUCGGGUAUUAACGCAAUACAGAAUACAAUCUGUAUCACCUUAGUUAAUCCAAGAACGUGUUUGGUGUUUUUUACAGUAAUUUUCAAUGACUAAAAUUUAAAAUAUCGGAAGUAGUGCACACGGUUGUAUAAAAUAAACAAUCGAGCGUUAUAAAUUUUGGAGCAACAGUAACUACACAAAAGUUACAAAUUCAUUACGCUAUUUGGUAUCAGUUUUAAAAGCUCAAACCUAAUUUUUAGGACGUGAGUUAGAUGCAUUCUACGCAACAAAUUUUAGAUUACUGGUUCUAGUUUCAUUAGUUUUAUUAAGUAUUUGGAAUUAUAAAUUAAGACAUUUAUUUUUAUUGCAAUUGAAUGAUCUCACUACAGCUACUAUUUCAUAUACAAAAGCAACAUCAGAAGAAAUUCGUAACAUGAAUUCUAAAUGUAAUAUCCGUACUGUGUAUAGCUCAUCUAAAAAUAAGAAGUUACUUAUCGAAAUUGAAACAAAAACAAUCAUCAAGAAACCAAGAAUGUAAUUAAUAAAAUUUGACAGUGGAUGGAAAUAAACUUAUAUUGGUAGUGUACUUUUAAUUAUGUCAAGACCUGUUGGAAUGAGAAUAAAAUAACACAUUUAUAAUUUAAAAAAGAAAACAUUGAAAAUGUAAACAUUGUGUGAACAUUUAAUAACAAAAAAAUCAUCAUAUCAAUUUUUAAUCAUCGAGUGUAGUUUUCAAACAUUAUUCAUGGACAACAAGAAACAAAAUUGAAAGUUAAAACAAAUUAUUUUUCACGUUCCGUAAAUUUCCUAAUGUUAUAAAUUAAAAAUUGUAAACCAUAUUUUUCACGUGAUACUUUUAUAAUUUAUUAGUUUAUUAUUUUUAGAUUUUAUAUGCAUGUGUUCUGAUUAUAUUAACUGAUGAUGCCUUAACCGGCGAAAGCAAUUUUCAAAAACAUGUUGUGGAAGUAUUAAAAAUGCGUUCUGUAUUAAAAUGUUAUUAGUGGACAAAGUCACUAUUUGUAUGAAGAUAAAUUGUAAUACCGAAUACCGCAGAAUGAUUUAAACUUACCCGGAAGUUUUGGUACGUAGCUUUAAGCAUUUAAAUAUAUAAUGUUAUUUAUUACAUUUUUUGUUUUCAUUGUUAGGCAGCCUGCAUGUAGCCUAUUAUGGUUUGGACUUAUAGUUCCCAAGAUGUACUUUAAUUUAUUACUUUUAAGUCAAAUAUGGGAACAAGUUCAGGUGCGAGAAUUUAAAAAAAAAACGUAAAAACAUCUUUAACACGUAUUAAAGCUUGAAGAAUAUGUAACUAACACAUAUGAUGUAACUAACACACGCGUGGCAACUCCGCUUAGUUAUAAGUUAGUUAUACUUGUCUGCUAUCUUUAUAAUUUAAGUUUAGUGCCAUGUAUAAUAGCUGUUUUGUAGUGUAGUACUUUAAAAACCAUUAAAUAAAAAUCACAUAAUAAAUAAUAUUGAAUUAUAUUUACUCUUAAGCUAGUGAUUAAACUAUAUUGAUUCAUUUCUGACUAAUAUUAUAACUAAUGCUUCCAGGUUUUGGUAUUUUAUAACCCUAAAUAAAGUGUGGCGUUUAGUACUAA